CUCCGCAUACAAAGACAAAGACACGACGACGUCCGUCCAGAGACUUCAGCGCACCAUACACCUAGCAUAUUGAUGAUAGCAAGACAAAGUAGCGCCUAGAAGAAAGCACAUCGCGCACCGGCGGCCAGAGUGCCGACGUCGGUCGGGUACCUCAUUUCCAGCGGCGACGCAUCCUCUGUGACAGAAGCCUCAAUUGCCAACCUACCUUGGCCCCUCACACACUCUCUCACUCUCACCUCGGCUUACGCUACCCGCCACCAUGUCCAACUCGGUUACUGGCACGACGUUUGCGCACAUCAUCGACCGGGUCGUGGCCUCGUCGCAGAAUGACUUUGAGGAGAGCGGCGUCGACCAGCAGACGCUGCAGGAGCUGAAAGAGAUCUGGCAGAAGAAGCUCUCGGCCCUGCAUGUCGCCCAGAUGCCAUGGGACCCUACUCCGCCCCCGCCUCAGAUCAGCAACCCGCCUACUGUCCCAUCAAAUGACUCGGCCAAGUCCCUACAGCCUCAGAUGCCUCCCGCCUCUCAAGCACCGCCCAAUGACCCGUACAGCAAUGUCAGAGUCAAGCAGGAGCAGGGCUACAACCAGUCCAUGCCCCCUUACGGCCAGAUGAACGGCUACGCCGGCAUGAACGGAGGUAACAUUGCCCAGCAGCGUGCCACCGCCCUGUUACAGCAAAACUUUGGCGCCCAGGCACAAGCGUCAAUAGCAUCUGCCUACACCCAGCAGAACAAUGUCACGUUGCCCGGACAGCAGCAGCGUCCCAUGAACCUGCAGCUACCGCAGAACCGCCAGCAGCAGCAACAGCAACAGCAGCAGGCGCACCCUGGCCAGCACCCAGGUCAACACCCAGGCCAGCACCCGCACCACCAGCAGCCUCCCCAGCAGCAACCGCCCCCGUCCCAGCAGGCACAGCAGCACCACAGUUCAGUAUACGCAUCGCAAACUGACGGUGCCGGCGACGCGGCCGAGGACGAGUGGCGGGCGCUGGUUGCGGCGAGGCGUGCGCAGGCGGAGGAGGGCCCUCACGGCAGAUUGGCCAUGGACGGCAUGCUCCGCGCACAGUUCGAGGCGCGGGCAGACGUGAUUGAGAGCGGGCUCAUGCAGCCGCUGGAGGAGCUGCCGAGCGCGAAGAACAAGAAGCGCAAGGCGCGUGCUGCCGCUGCUGCUACUGCUGCUGCGCCUGCGACGUCGACGACUGCUGCUACGGUGGCCAGCGCGCCCAGGAUCCCGCAGCUGGAUGGCGAGGCCGACGACGACAAGGAGGAGAAUGAUGACGAGGCCAUCAACUCCGACUUGGAUGACUCGGAGGAGGAGAUUCUGCAGAACGAUGACGAGGAGGGCCCGCAGGGCGACACGAUGAUCUGCACGUACGACAAGGUGCAGCGCGUCAAAAACAAGUGGAAGUGCACGCUCAAGGACGGCGUGCUCUCGACUGGUGGCAAGGAUUACCUCUUCCACAAAGCUCAGGGCGAGUUCGAGUGGUAGGGUGGUUCCUUGCUGCUUGGUCGAGUGGUCGACGGUCGACGAACGACGGACGACGGACGAACGGACGGUCGAUGCAAGCGCGUUAAUACGCUGCGCUCGUGGCGGCGAUGACGAUUGCGCCGCCGGCGGUGGGCUGUUGCUCGCUUUUGCUCACUUCUUGCUUUUCUUUGCUCUUUUGCUUGCUUACUUGCUUGCUGAAACGGAACGGAACGGAAUGGAACGAGAUGACGAUGAUGGUGGUGAUGGUGGUGUGGUGGUGGCUGAGCCGUUGACGUGGAGUCCCCAGCGGGACUGCAAGCGUGCGUGCAGUUAUAGCGGUUAUGGCGGCGUUGCUGGUGCUGCUGCUGGUGCUGGUGGUAGUGGUGACGGCUGGUGACGGUGACGGCGAAGAAGCACUAACUGGUGUUCUUUCUGCCUGGGCGGCAUUCUUGCUUCUUCUUCUUCGUUCUUCUUGUUGGUUUGCGGCGUGCGUGCGUGCAUGGC